UUGCAAAUUUAUGCUUCAGGAUUCAUUGCUUGUGAAGUUAUUAUUGCUGCAAAAUGACUGAAAAUUAAGAGUACAGGUUUUCUACAACUCGCCAGUUGUAUAUAUUUAUAUUUGAUGCGGUGAUUGGUGGAAGAGAACCUCCUUCCUCCCUGUCUCCUCUCAACUAUCAAGCACCUUCCCGCUCUCUCACCUACCACCACUCACUACCUAACUAAAGGCUAAGAAAACCCUCUCCUCUCCUCCGCGACUCAAGCCUUGAACCUUCAAAACCAACAAAAAAAAAAAAAAAAAACCACCAUCCUCUCUCCAAACCAACCAUGAACUCAACUCUAGCCGCUUCUUUUAUCCACCUCAAAACCCCUUCUUCCUUCAACUCACCUUCACCUCUCCAUUCCACCACUCUCAAAUUCCACAAUUCCACCUCUACCCCUUCUCUCAAAAUACCAAAAGCAGCCGCCUCCUCCUCCUCGAAUCACACCUCCAAAAGCCCGUUAACCCAAAAGCUGAAAACCCUCACCAAAACAGCAAUUUUGAUUGGCGUCGCAGCUUCCAUUGCUGGCAAAUUCCCUGUAUUGCCUGCAAAAGCCGAAACCCCCGCAGCUCUCACUGAACAAAACCCGGCCCUUGAAGAAGAAGAAGAAGAAGAGGUAGAUAUAAAGAAACAUCAAAACCAGAACCAAAGUGACCCAUCAACGCCAUUACAAGCAUUCCUUGAAUCUAAUGCUGAAGCGAUCGAGUCUCUGAAAUCACUUUUACAACAAAAACUUGAAAAUGGCCAAGACGAAGAGGCUUUAAAGAUUAUAAAGCUUUUAGUGUCUGCGCAACCGGAGGUAACUGAAUGGAAGUUUUUAAUGGCAAGAUUGCUGAACGAAACGGGUCGUGCACAAGAUGCUCGCAAUGUGUUUGAAGAAAUUCUUGUCGCAAAUCCUUUGUCUUUUGAGGCUUUGUUCGAGAAUGCACUACUAAUGGACCGCUGUGGAGAAGGAGAGGCGGUUAUUAGAAGGUUACAAGAGGCUUUAGAUAUUGCAGGAGAGGAGAAUAAAGUGAAAGAAGCGAGGAACGUGAGGCUGAUUAUGGCACAGAUGCAGUUCCUGCAAAAGAAUGUGGAGAAGGCGUUGAAGAGUUAUCAAGAGUUGUCAAAAGAGGAUCCUAAAGAUUUCGGGCCUUAUUUUUGUAGAGGGAUUAUAUAUAGUUUACUUGAUAGAAAUGAGGGGGUAAAAGAGCAGUUUGCCAAGUAUCGUGAGCUUUCGCCAAAGAAGUUUGAGGUGGAGGGGUAUUUGAGGACCUCAUUAUCAAGGAUGAAGCUUUUUGGGUCAAAUGAGAAGAACUGAGUUUUGGUUUUUUAAGUUUUGA